UGCUGCUGUUCCUCUCAGGUGUGAGUGAUUCAUUCAGAGUAAAGAGGAAGUGCUGAGCCAGUGUUUGUCAGGGCGUCGGACACAGAGGACACAGCCGUGUGAGUCUGGACUCUUUGGUUCAAAUGGAGAAGAUCUCUGCAGUGGAGGACUUUCUGACCUGUCCUGUUUGUCUGGAGACCUUUAAAGAGCCAGUGUCUCUGGGCUGUCACCACAGCUUCUGCUCCGUCUGUCUACACAACUACUGGGACCAGAACAGCACCAGGACCUGCCCCGUGUGUCGCAGGAAGUCCUCAAAAGAACAUCUAGAUGUGAACUUUGCUCUGAAGGAACUGACUCUGUCCUUUACACAGAAGGAGCAGGCUCCAGGAGGAGAGAGGCCUGUGGUGUGCUCCUCACACCCAGAGCAGACGCCUCUGUUCUGCCUGGACGAGAGGCGCCCUCUGUGCCCUGUGUGUGAGUUCUCUCUUCACUCGGGGCAUAAGGUGGUGUCUGUGGACUCAGCUGUGAGUGAAGUGAAGGAGCAGCUGCGCUCACAGCAGCAGUCUCUGUCCCAGAGGAGAGAGCAGGCCUCACACGCACACACUCAGUGUGAGCAAAUACAGGAGCUGGCACACGCGCAGGUGGAGCUCUGUGAACGCCACAUCAGGGCGGAGUUUGAGCGGUUACACCGGUUCCUCCAACAGGAGGAGGAGUCUGUGCUCAGAGCUCUGAGACAGGAGCAGAGCAGACAGGCCCAGGCCAUAGAAGCACAGCUACAGCAGAUCAGGGAGGAGCUGUGUACUAUGGAGCAGAACCUCCAGACUGUGGAAGAUCUACUGCAGAGACAGAGCGUGGACUUUCUCACACAGUACAGACACACUCACAAAGACACACAGACUCUGCUCUCACAGCACAGCCCACAGCUGGGACCAGGACUCCUGAUAAACCAGGCCAAAGUCCUGGCCAACGUGGCCUUCAACGCCUGGAACAAGAUGAGAGCCCUGGUGAGCUACAGUCCAGUCACUCUGGACCCAAACACUGCAGCCAGACGGAUCCAUCUGUCUGAGGAUCUGAGGGGGGUGAGAGGUGGAGAAUCUGAUCAAGAGGUUCCUGAAAAUCCAGAGAGAUUCUGUAACUAUGCCACUGUUCUGGGCAGUGAGGGCUUCAGCUCUGGCUCUCACCAGUGGGACGUGGAGGUGGGAGAUCAUCCGAGAUGGACCAUUGGUUUGGUCAAAGAAUCUGUCGACAGGAAGGGAGAGAGAUCUAUCACUCUGGAAAAUGGACUCUGGUGUUUGAGUCUUUACAUGGGAAAUUACGUUGCUUUUGGUAAAAAACUGUCCCUGAAGAGGAGACCUCAGAGGAUCCGAGUUCGACUGGACUGUGAUGAAGGGAAAGUGUUUUUCUUUGACGCUGGUGACAUGUCUCUGAUCUGCUCUCACAAACACAGAUUCACAGAGAAAAUGUUUCCUUAUUUCUAUGUUGGUGAAUCUGGUGACGCUAAAACCAAAGAAAUUAAAAUAUUUUCCAGUGAAGCUCAGUAAACAUUUAUAAACUUUUAUUUAAAAAAUGUAUUUAAUAUUGUUGUGAUUUUAUUUUUUUUAUAAAAUUACUAUGUAUACGAUAAUUUUACAACUGUUUA